CUUCUUCGUCUUCUUACAACAUCUGUUCAUUCUAUAUUUCCACACCCUCCUCCCAUCCUCCUUCUUCCAUCUUCAUAACAUGUCCUUAGAAAUAGGCCAGAUUAAAAUGUCCAAAGUCAGCAAGUUUAUCAACACUCGUCUUGAUAUGCUCAGUCUGAUUGCCUGCACUCAGGUAUCCAAAGCAUGGAGCGAAGAGUUCACACCACAUGUUUGGCGCACAGUUGAUCUCGUUGCCCAACUUCGAUUCAAGGAUCUGGAUUCGAGAACCAUUUCAAAGAAUGGGCGUCAUAUCCGAGUUAUAAAGAAUAUCUACAAAAGAUCAGAGCUCAACCUCCUUGAGGAUUCCUGUGUCAGCAACUUGGAGCACAUCACUAUAUGUAUAAAGCCCGAGGAUGGCUAUUGCCAACAGGCUAGACGGCUCCUAUCUCAAAAUAGCCACUCCCUUACUAGACUGGAAAUCCUUCGUCAUGUUCAAGGCGACCCAAAAGAGUUUGCAUUGGCAGAGGCAAUGACUCCAUUGUCUGAGCCUUAUACCUCAAGGCUUACAGAAAUCUAUAUGAGAGAUUUGUCCAUGCCACGAGCUUCUUUCUCGUCCUUUCUUGCAACAUGUCCACUCCUCGAAGAAGUGAACAUUCGUAGGUGCAGUUUUCUACCUGGAGACUCAGAUAAACCACUCUUCCGACAUCAACGUGUAAAAUCCCUUAUUUCGCCGAUUGAACAAAUCUUUUCUCCUGCUGGUCAAAACUCAUCAUGCCCAUCCUCCCCCUCUCCACCUCCACUUAUUGUGCAUUUCCCCAACAUCACCUUUCUGGACACAUGGAGUGAUACUACAUCAACAUUAGACAACCCAACCUCUUCAGACAUCAAAAUUAAGCUUAUGGAACAUUGUCCGCAUCUCACGGAAUUCUCUCUCAGCGACACACUUGAAUCUUUAGUCAAGGAUCUGUUAAUCAACACUGUUAGUCAACUCUCGCUGUUUUGGCUGUAUUACCAAUUUCUCUCGCCUUCCAUGAUACUGGCAGUUCUUCGUCAUAAGUCUACGCUAAAAAGAUUACAGACGUACGAUCCAUCUACUGUCGGUUGGAGCCCUGACGCCGACCGAGUGAUUCCUGUGUAUGAUGCCUUACAGGAGAGAUGGAUUAUACAACUUCUAUUGUCAAAAUGCUCUAACCUCACAAUAGUGGACCUUCCCGAGCAUGAAUUGGAUAUGAGUAUAGUUCAUCUUUUUCCAUGGGCAUGCAAAGGUCUCAAAGAGCUCCGUAUCCGUAUCAUAGGCCUCGACACCAAAGAGCUAAUCAUGGCAGUGAUCAAACUGUGGGCUCGUGGAUAUAACGAAAAGCAGCGGACCUUAUAUGCAACGACUAGAAAACAUAUUCUUUCAGACUUAUCCAGUAUAGAUUACCAAAUCGAAACUACUGAUGCCCAGAAGUUGUCGAUUGUAAACAAAGUUACCACUCACCUGUUGCAAUUUAAUGAUCUAACCAAAGUAUGGCUUGGAUACAAGGUCUGGUCUGUCAAAUGGACCAAUGAUCCUCCAAAGCAAACCGAAUAAAAAUAAGACCAUCAGUAACUAAGGC